CGCAUAACUAACCCGAACCCUUAUCGGUCUCUCCCGGCAGGCAAGCAACGCUGCUCUGCUUCUGCUCUCAACGCGAAUCGCCAAAAUUUCCAGCUACCGCAGUAUGUCCCUUGCGAGUUCCUUCUGGCACCUUUCCGACACGACUCCCCGAUUUGCACGGCUCUCUGCUGGAAAAGCGACCGCCCGUUUCGGUGCAUUUCCUUUAACAGUGUCCCAACAGGCAGCAUGGGCAAAAAAAGACCACAUCCGGACGGAGAGUCUGCGGGCCAUAGUUCCGGCGACGAAACGAGGAAGCGGCCGAGGACCAGCCGCCCGCACAAGCCAAUACCCCGGAACCAGGAGGCCGACAAGCCCAGCCUCAGCGCCAUCAAGAAGCGCGCCAGGGCAAUUGAGAGGUUGCUCGCGCGGGACAACUUGAAUAUCCCGGCAAACAAGCAAAACGAGCUCGAACGCGAGCUGGCGGCCCACAAGCAACGGAUCGAGGAUGCGCGGGCGAAGAAGGAGCGGAACAAGAUGAUAAAGAAAUACCACAUGGUCAGGUUCUUUGGUAUGUUGCUCUUCUUGUCGAGGCCCAUCACCGAUGUAAGCCCACUGACGACUCGGGUAGAAAGGAAGAAGGCAACGCGGUUUGCGAAGCAGCUCGAGAAGAAGCUGGCGCAGGCUACAGACCCAGACGAGAUCGCCCAGCUAAAGGCUGAUCUGCACGUCGCUCAGGUGGACAUCGACUACGCGAGGUACUUCCCCUUUUUGGAACCGUACGUCAGCUUGUACGCCGGGGCCGCGUCGGGGGAGAAGGACGAGACGGGCAAGGCAGCACAGUAUUUGCGGGGCCCACGGCCGCCCAUGUGGGCCGUUAUCGAGAAGACGAGGGAGGAGGGCCAGGCUGCGCUCGAGAAGUUGCAGAACAGACAGCCAGGGAAGAGCGCAGACGACGCCCGGCAACCAGUUGAGUCCCGGAAGGCAGUCAAGGCGCUCCCGGCAAAGAAGACGAAGGCGGCGGAGACGAAAGCGAAGGGUCCCCGGCAACUGAGGCAUGAGCAGUCCACCAAAUCGAGACCAAGUGGGACGAAGGGAGAGGCCAGGAAGACGAACGGCGGCGCGGACAGAAGUGAGGAAAGCGACGACGGUGGCUUCUUCGAAGAGGAUUGACGAGCUUUUGCGUUCCCCGCGUCGAGCGGAC